AUCUUCUCUUCACCCUGUUUGAUCUCACAAUCUCACCUUUCCAUAGGCAAAAUUGGCUACUUAUUUUUAGUUUUAUAGCUAUAGUUCCCGUCACGUCCACUGUUGUGAAGAAGUUUCGCAAUUCCCAAUCCUCCCCCCUCGUUCCAACAGCUUUCCGAUACCGUCAAAGCGUCCUGGUCAUCAUCGCUGACAGCACUUGAUUCCACUUUAGGUAAUAAGUUUCGUGCGCUUUUUCAAACUUUUUCUGGGCCCGCAAGUAGCUCCUUCAGCUUCGCUGGGUAUUAAAUCACAACGUUGACGAUUCAUAGGGGCUGGGUGUUUUACAUAUCACAAAGUACUGAGCAUCUCCAUACACUGUGUGCCACUGAUUGAAGGGAACACAGCAUUAGCAGAGGAAAGGACGAGCGAGAAGGAAGAGGACACUGUUUGUCAUAAUCGCACUAUAUUAUAUAACACUCAAGCAUGCGAUUCGAGGUAUCGUUGAGGGCGCUGAUGGUGCCAAUGUUCUUGGCCCAGCAGGCACUGUCGAUAGAUCUGGAUGUUGAUUCCGAGACGAGUAUCUGUGAUGCGUCUGCUCUGGUCAUCGGCGGUGUUAUGGACUACUACCAAGGUACACGUUACGGUGGUACCGUUGGUAUGUUCCAAGACCCGUACUACUGGUGGGAAGCCGGAGAGGCCAUGGGCUCGAUGUUGGGGUUCUGGUACUUCUGCAACAACGACACGUAUGAAGCCGUGAUUUACGAUGCGCUCAUGGCGCAGAGAGGUAACAAUAACGACUACAUUCCUUCAAACCAGUCUAUGACGGAAGGUAACGAUGAUCAAGGCUUUUGGGGGCUUGCCGUGAUGGAGGCAACAGAGCGUAACUUCACCAACCCGCCAUCCGACCAACCAGGUUGGCUGGCACUGACACAGGCCGUGUUCAACACCAUGUGGGCUAGAUGGGAUGACCAGUACUGCGGUGGAGGACUGAGAUGGCAGAUCUUCACCUGGAACUCCGGUUACACGUAUAAGAACACCAUCUCCACUGCUUGUAUGAUUGCCAUAGGCGCCAGACUUGGAAGGUACACUGGCAACACCACUUAUAUCGAUAUUGCCAACGAGGCCUUCGAGUGGCUCGAGAACAUAGGCUUCGUCUCCAUCUCCGAUGGCUCUGCCCGUGUCUACGAUGGUGCCAGUAUCACUGAUAACUGUUCUUCGAUCACAGGGCUGGAGUGGACGUACAACAUUGGUCUGCUCAUGGCUGGUUCUGCCUAUGCGUACAACGCCACUGAGGAUGAUCUCUGGCUCCAAAGAACAGAAGCAUUGGUCCAAGGUGCCUCGGUCUUCUUCGUGGACGAUAUCAUGUAUGAACGUGCUUGUCAGGGAACCUCAUCCGGUUGUAAUACUGAUCAGCGUUCCUUCAAGUCUAUCUUUUCCCGUUGUUUGGGCCAAACAGCAGUUAUGGCGCCAACUACGUACAACACCAUCUAUACGUGGCUAGUUGCGUCCGCCGAGGGCGCUGCUAAGUCGUGUACUGGUGGUUACGAUGGACACACGUGUGGAUUGAACUGGCAACUGGGCUCCAAUGAUGGUAAUUAUGGGUUGGGAGAACAAAUAUCCGCACUGGAGGUGUUUGACAACCUACUCAUCAAGGACAGACCAGCUCCUUAUACAAACGAAACAGGCGGUACGUCCGAAGGUGAUGCCAGCGCAGGAACAAGUUCAACCACAACACAGCUGGAUACCGCUGCCCUGAAUAUCACAGGUGGUGAUAAGGCUGGUGCCGGUAUCAUCACUGCUAUUGUGCUUGCUGUCAUCAUUGCCGGGUGCGUAUGGAUGGUGAUAUGAUCGUCAAUAGUAGCCAGCACACACUUUUGAGCGUGAUGUCUACCACCAAGAGGACUGUGUCCGUGUGUAUGUAUG